AAAUCUGAAAUUUCAAAAUGGCGAUUGUCCACUUAUAAUUAUAAUGACUUGAAAGUUCCCAACUUGUCACUUGUAUAAAAUUGAAUUUUUAUUAUAAAUGAUUAGUAGUUAAGUAGUAAUUUAUAAGUUUCUCUAUAAUUCUCAACUUAGUUAGUAGAGAACUAAUAAAAUACCCAAGGAAAUAUUAUAAUUAACUGGAUUAAUCGUCAGCAGGCAAUGUCGUGGCGACGAGAUGAGCGCCCCAGUCGCUGGGGCGAAGCCAAACCCCGAUCGCCGGUUUGGGAGAUGCGGAGAAGCACAAGCCCCGAUUGCAGUCGUCAAGCAUCACCACGUGAUCGUCAAAAGGAGCGAAGGGAUCGCCACGACCGAUAUGACCGUGAGAGACGAGACCGGGAUCGCGAUGGUGACCGUUAUCGCCGCGAAAAUCGUGACCGCUUUGAUAAACGCGAUCGUCGUCGUUCUCCGCGACGUUUUGAUGACAAGGAUAUCCCCACAGCUCCAUCGCCCCCGAAUAUCAGCCGCGAUAGGUCUAGGGAUAGAGAUAGAAGUAGGUCCCAGUCCAGAAGUCGUUCUCGUAGUUAUGAGCGACAGGAUAUUGACUAUGAUACUCAAGAUACUCAGUCAGCUUCGCCAGGUGAUUGGAUAUGUAAAUGUGGUUCUUAUAAUUUCAAACGUAGGCAGAUUUGUUAUAGACGUAACUGUCAAGGCAAACGUUCUGAAGGUAACGUCGUGGGUGGUGAAGAUAGAAAUGGCUCGGAACCGGCAGCUGGUAUUACCAAAAGAUUGUUAUUUAGACGUUUAGAUGCUUUAACCACAGAGGAAAAAAUUCUUGAUUCUAUAAAGGAACGAUGUUCUAAGUCUGUGUUGGAUUCUAUUGCUGGUAUCACUAUUGGUCGUGAGACACUAACAGGAGCCUCAAAGUGCUUGGCAUAUAUCAACUUUAAUUCUAUUGCUGAUUCAACAGCUGCUCAUUCUGAAUUAAUUAGCCUCAAUCCCUCAUUGAACAUUGAUAAUAGAGAAGUAUUAGUGUCAUUUUAUAAUGAGCCUCAGAAAGUGCCUAAAACCACUUCAAGUACAGAGUAUUCCUCAUACAAUUAUUUGCAGAAUAGAUCAAACUUUGCUUCAAAUCAAACACUUUCUGAAGCAGAUAGAGUAAAUGCGGCUGCUGCUGUUGCUCAAUCGGCUAUCUCAGCUGCUCAAGCUCGCCAGGUCUCAUGGACUCCUGUUUCUGUUCCUGCAUUUGUUAGUUCCACAGCUCAAUCUGCCUCAGUGACCAAUAUUCCUACAGGUGAUGGCAAAAUACAAUACUCAGCUCCUGAUGUACGAACAUUCCUCUAUGAUGAAACCUCAGGUUAUUAUUAUGAUUCUGUCACAGGUCUUUACUAUGAUGGUAACACACAGUACUUUUACAACAGUCAGACAACUCAAUAUAUGUACUGGGAUGCCGCUAGAUCCACCUAUAUUGCUGCCACACAAAGCCAACAAAAUACAAACCAACCUAAAUUGCAAAAUCCCCCUCAAGCUACGUCAGAGAAUACAAUUCCAAAAGAACCGGAAGAAAAAAAGAAAAAAGAGAAAGAGGACAAAGUUAAGGUUGCAAAGAAGAUAGCAAAGGACAUGGAGAGGUGGGCUCGUACCUUAAAUCAAAAGAAAGAUAAUGCUCGGAGUAACAUUAUUAUGGAACAACCCCUGGACCAUUCGACCAGCAAGGGUUCUGCAGAUAUUGGGUUUUCUGUUCUAGGAGCCGGUCCAUCCUUACAACAUCAUUCCCACAUAAGAGAAAUCUCUCCUCCGCCCGUGGAAGACGAAUUUUUAAUGAAAAGAACUGAAUGUAGUCAGUUUGAGUCAGAUGAAGGAAUUAUAGAUUGGGUUAAACUGACUUGCCUUCUCUGCAAGCGACGCUUCCCUUCAGCUGAAGUAUUGACUAAACACAAAACACUAUCAGACUUACAUAAACAGAAUUUUCUGGAACAUCAACAGAAAAACAGCUCGUUACCUCAAAGUAAUGGUUACAGAGAUAGGGCAGCUGAGCGUAGGAUGAAGUUUGGUGAAGAUGAGGCACCAAUUCGUAAAAGAUAUGAAUCAGAUAUUCAAACACCUAUAUUUGCACAUACACCUCAACCGGUUGUAGACACCAUUGGUGGCAAAAUGCUACAGAAAAUGGGUUGGUCAGAAGGCAGAGGGUUGGGUAAGGAAGAACAAGGCCGUAUAGCUCCAAUAGAAGCCGAACAGAGGCCAAAUUUAGCUGGACUGGGACAAAAACGAGGAAUCUAUACUCCCACACCUGGGCUCACAUAUAGAGACACUGUAAAGAAGCUGAUGAUUGCUCGAUACAAAGAAGUGAUUCAGGAAGAAGGAGACUAGAUAUGGCGCUUCAAGAUGUGCAGCCCUAGAUGUGCCCAAUACAUCUUUGGUAAGUGCUUAUAUUUCCUUCAGUUAAUCAGUUUUUCCUAACAGGUGUAGCAGGUAUGUUAAAAAUUUGCAAAGCGAUGAAAAGCCAAAUUUUCCCUACUAUGUUUCAACCAUUUAGGUAAAAUUUACUGAAGAAUGUGGACAUUACCUGGAUAAUAAACAACUGUGAUAGAACUGUGAUAUUUGUGAAGAAAUGGUGAACGUGCGAGUUGGUUGAGUUUAACUGAUGGUUGUGACUAUUUAUAUUACAGAACCCGUCGGAGCCACGCGCCGUGCCAAUACAGAAUGAUUGCAUUAUGUACAUAGCCUUGCAAUAAGUUUGUUAUUUGAGUGGCCACCACUCUGGUAUACAUUGAUCAUGUGCACUACUGUGCCCAAGCUCUAUGUGGUCCUCAAUAACAUCAAUUAUUCUAAUACUAAAAGAAUCUGCUUCUGAGAGUUCUCCUUAUUUUAGAUAAUAGGUCACUCAUUAUUUUGGUCUAGGGAUAUAUAUAUAUAUAGGCUGUAUACAUAUUAUAUUAUAAGAUACGCCCAUUUAGUACAAGUAAAAGUAUAUUUUCAUCACCAUGCCAAUAUAUUGCAAACAUUGUUAUUAACGAAAUGGGCUAUUCUAUUUGUUUUAUAUACUUUAGGUUUUGUGAGUUAUGUCCAUAUCAUAUAAGUUUCGUAUGCAUUAUUAGCAAUCUACGAACAAAGUAUAGUUGAAAAGAUAAGAUUGUUUAUUUACAGAAUCUUUUUACCAUUUACUGAUAUUACGCACUGUUUGCAUUUAAUAUUUUUAUUAUUUUCUGAUAAAUAAAGUAGGUAUAUCGAUAAUUCGAAAAUCGUUUUUUCUAAGCCAAACUGUUGAACAACUUACAUUAUUGAAAUAGUAAAAUAGAGAUUUUAUUUAUCAAAUGUUAGUAUAAAAGUAUUCUUACCCAAUUGUAAUUAAACUUGUAAUAAUACUUAUAAUUAUAAUUUACAAUAUAUUCUCCAUUAAUGUGUAUCUAAACUGAGAUAAUUUUCUGAAAAUACUAGACGAAACAUUGAAAAAUAAUUGGAUAAAGUGUAUAUACUAAAUAGUAAAUAUUUAAUUGAAAUUCUCUGUACGUAGUAAUAAUAAUAAAACUAUUUUUAUGUA